GGGAGGUACUCGGUAAUCAGGUCAUGCUUGAACUUCUAAAGGGCGAUGACCCGAAAGCCCAAAUACAAUAUUUAAAGCCCAAAUACAACUUAGGGUUUUGGCCUUAUAACCUACAAGGAGUUAACAUUUCAGCAGCAUCAAUAUUAGUCUUCUCGAUUUAGGGUUUCUAUAUUCAUAGCGGCGAUUUCUCAGAAUUAGCAUCAUCGGCUAUCAACCAUGGUUGUCAAGCUUGAGGUUUGCCGUUUUAGUGGCGCCAAGAUAUACCCGGGUAAGGGUAUCAGAUUUGUUCGUGGAGAUUCUCAGGUUUUCCUUUUUGCUAACUCAAAAUGCAAGAGGUAUUUCCACAAUCGCCUCAAGCCCUCAAAGCUCUGCUGGACUGCUGUGUACCGAAAGCAGCACAAGAAGGACAUUUCUGCUGAAGCUGUAAAGAAGAGGAGAAGAACCACCAAGAAGCCAUACUCAAGGUCUAUUGUUGGAGCUACUUUGGAAGUGAUUCAGAAGAAGAGAAGUGAGAAGCCAGAAGUGAGAGAUGCUGCAAGAGAAGCUGCUCUUCGUGAAAUCAAGGAAAGGAUCAAGAAAACCAAGGAUGAGAAGAGGGCAAAGAAAGCCGAGGUGACAGCCAAGGCACAGAAGGUUACAGGUAAGUCGAAGGGUGCAGCACCUAAGGGUCCCAAGCUCGGAGGUGGAGGUGGAAAGCGAUAAACUGUUACCUAGUUUUAGCUUUGCGUUCAGUCAGAAUACUGUGCAAUUUUGGAUUUGAAUAUGUUUGGAAGUAGAAGUUUCUUAUUUGCGCCCCAAAUAUCUAUGUAUUUUGAGAUUUGCUUCAGUUAUGGGAGAUUUAUAUCGUCUCAACGUUUUUAUAUAUUGAGUUCUAAAUUUUGCUGCUAGAA